ACGUCAUAUCGUGGUACCCGUAGGACACAUUAUUGGAAAACCCAGCUGUUUUGACACAACAAUCUUGGUUUGUUUGGGGGGCUAACUGAAACAGUUUCUCAAACGUUAGAGGAUUCUCAAAUUAGUUUUUUCUUAAGUAAUUAAUAAGGUGUAAGGCUGCUUUGACUGAACCGUCUCCACCAGAGAGCAGAGUGGAAGCUUCUACAAGCCGGAAGCGCACACGCAACGAGGAGGGGAUGGAGGUUGACCAUCAGCCUGAGGAGUCCAUUACUUCAACUUUUGAGGACUGUGUUGAACAUGGUGACGUCCAGGACAUGAGAUUGGAGGCCGAGGCGGUGGUCAACGACGUCCUCUUCGCUGUGACUGAAAUGCACGUGUCGCAAAAUCUCAACAGCGCAUCAGAUGUGGCCUACAUAAAUGUGGAAACGAGAGAGGGAAACCUCUAUUGUUUGGAGCUCACAGAGGCUGGACUCAGGGUGGUGGGCUAUGCUUUCGAUCAGGUGGAUGAAGAUUUGACCACCCAGUAUCACGAGACUGUUUACUCACUUCUGGACACGCUCAGUCCGGGUUACAGAGAAGCAUUUGGGAACGCCUUGCUGCAGCGGCUGGAGAUGCUGAAGCAAAACGGACAGUGAAAUGACCAAAACUUUGACCGCACGGGUCAAAUUUGGAACCAAGUCUUCACUUUGACCUGUAAUGUGAUGCCCAACUGCCGAGCUGCCACUACAUUAAGGGCUACGCAGCCCUGUCGACUUUGCUUUGUCCUGAGUUUCAUAUCAUUGACUUAAUUCUAGCGACUUUGGUUUAGUGACUGCUUCAGAUUGGGUGUAUUGUGCUGCUUACUUUAUUGUGGAAACAAAAAACUUCCAGUUUUCCUGUUACAAGUGUCUAGUGGCAGGUGUUUAAGAAUUCUGCUCUUUUUCUUUUUUUUUAUAUAUAUAUAAAAAUCAAAAUGAUCUUAGAAAGAAGCAGCAAGUUAUGUUGGUAUAGUUUCCCCCUCAUUGCCCUGCUACUCACACUAAAACUGUGACAUGAUGACUGGUGUCUGCUGAAAUAUACCACAAUGGUUUUUACUCAGCAGACAUCUUGCGCAAAGAGCCAAAGCUAUAUUCUUUUAAGUAAAGACUGCCUUAAUGACUGACUUUUAAUAAGAAAAGUACUGAAAUUAGCUCAUUAGCUUCUACUUGUUUUGUAUCAACUGAGAUGAUGGUAUUUUGUGGGUCUGUCAAUUCACAUGGAGGUCAGAACCAAUUGUAAAAUAAGACGAUACCGUUCUCAGUCCCAGUCAUCAAAGUUCAUACUGAUAUGUUUUGUUUUUUUCUAAUACUGCACAGAGCAUUGCAUCUCAGGCGAGCAUUUAAGCUGUAAAAGUAAAAAGGUCUGCCAUGUUAUUGGUGGUUUUGUAUUCAGUCUGUUGGUUCUUCCUGUCAGAAUGCACAAUAUUUAUCUUUACUGAGGACUUUUGUAGCUGCUUUAAAGAGUUAUUGUACCUCUAACCUGAUCAUAUUGCUCUUCAGUAAUAUAAACUCUCCGUUAAUGAAAUGCAAUCCAUCUCUGCAUUUAUUGUCCCUCCUUGUUGCUGACCUUUGCUAACACCAAUAAACGCUCAGAAGUC